AUGCAUUUGUUUACAAGAGAUUGGCCAAUAAAACUAAGAACUAUAACUCUAUCAGGUCUAACUGUUCUAUCAUAUACAUUUGAUAUAUUAUUUUAUUCAACGUUAUUUACAUUAUCUGCAGCGUUAGGUACUAUAAUUCCACCACGAUUUCAUGAGUUCCUGUUGUUUGAUAUCUCAUUGAGAUAUACAUAUAGAACUGAGGCCGAGUCUGCGGUACCAAUACCUUUAUUAGUGUUUAUAUCUGGAGGAAUACCAAUUAUACAAUUUAUUUUCUUUGCCAUAUUUCAACCUAGAUUAUCAAUUUCACGAAGACUUUGGGAUUUGAUGUCAGGAUUCAUGUGUUUAUUGGGAGCAAUGGCUACACAAUUGCUAGCCACGUGUAUAUUGAAGAACAUUUGUGGAUUACCACGUCCAGAUAUGAUCGAUAGGUGCGAGCCAAUGUUUCAGAAUAUCCCUGUCACUCAAUUGUCUAAUGUUGCCAUAUGUACACAACCAAAUUGGAAUUUGGUACAAGAAGGAUUUAGAUCAUUCCCUAGUGGACAUCUGUCAGCAGUGUUUUGUGGGAUGACAAUAACUUCGUUAAAUAUAGCAUCCAGGUUGCAAACAUUUGAUAGUCGGAAUAACUCAUUCAAGGUAUUUCUUACCAUUCUACCAAUAUUCUUGGCCAUGUUUGUUGCGUGUACGAGAGUCAGUGAUAACCGACACUUUUUAAGAGAUGUUAUAGGUGGUUCAUUAAUUGGAACUUAUGUUGGAAGUUUAUUUUAUUGGCAAUAUUUCCCAAGUAUAUAUAAUCUAAGCAACAAUGGACGAGCUUAUCCACCCAGAAGAAUUGGAGUUCAUCCGUUUUUCAAUAAUAUUGGUGGAUUUUGGAAGAUACCCGAUAGACUUAAAGGGGCAUUUGAACAACGAGUAUUGAAUGGACCAGAAGGUGAAGCACACCUUGAAAAGCUUCAAAAUGGAUAUUUAAACCAAACGGUUGCUCCCACCACAAUUCAAGACAAUAUUACAUUAGUUAAUAGAUUAAAUGAGGUGUUGCCCGAAGAUAUAGCUGAAUAUUAA